AUGUUCAAAAGCCAAAUCGGCAAAACGAUGAAGGUUUACAUCGAUGACAUGGUCGUCAAGAGCCAAGAAAAAUCCCAACAUGUCAGGCACCUGGAAGAAGUCUUCAACAUACUGAGGAGAUAUCGAAUGAAGCUUAACCUGAAGAAAUGCGCAUUCGGUGUUUCGUCAGGGCAGUUCUUGGGGCAAAUAGUGAACAAGCGAGGCAUCGAGCCCAACCCAUCGAAGGUGCAGGCGCUACGGAAUAUGCCUGAUCCAAGGACACCUAGAGAUGUGCAGGUUCUAACUGGGCGAAUAGCAGCUCUCAGUCGGUUCAUUUCAAGAUCGUCAGAUCGUUAUAAGCCAUUCUUCCAGGCAAUUCGAAAUAAGGACGGAAGCAUAUGGGGGCCAGAACAAAGAGAAGCCUUUGAGCAGCUGAAGAAGUACCUCGCCAGUCCCCUGACCCUGACUAAUCCGAAGCAAGGUGAACCUUUAUACCUAUACAUGGCUGUCACUAAAAUUGUUGUAAGUGUCGUACUGCUAAGGGAGGAAAAUUCAAUCCAGCAACCUAUAUUUUACAUGAGCAAGAGCUUAAUUGAAGCAGAGAAAAGAUAUCCAGUGGCUGAGAAACUCGUGUUAGCUUUAAUGAUGGCCAAGCGGAAACUUCGACAAUACUUCGAGGCACACACGAUCAUAGUAUUGACGACCCAACCAAUCAGGGCAGUCAUGUCCAAACUUGACCUCUCAGGAAGAGUUACACAGUGGGCCAUCGAGCCCGAAGCACUCGACAUUAGAUAUCAACCUCAGACAGCCCAGAAGGGUCAGGUAAUUGCCGAUUUCCUAGUAGAAUGCUAUCCACCUAGCGAACAACAGAAAAGCCAUAAUGAAGUCAAGGAGGCAUCAAACGUGGACAAGGCCCAGUGGGAAUUGUAUGUAGACGGAUCAUCUAAUCAGGCGGGAGCCGGAGUGGGAAUCGUUCUCUCGUCGCCUGAAGGAGUGGACCUGGAGUAUUCCGUUCGAUUGGACUUCCCCGCUUCAAACAACGUGGCGGAAUAUGAAGCCCUAGUGUUAGGACUCCAACUAGCUAGGACACUGAAAGUGGGACGCUUAGUUGUCCAUAGCGACUCUCGCCUCAUAGUCGGCUAG